AGUAGCACAAUGGCAGGGUCCAUCCGUUUCAGAAUGGGUCCAAUUACACUAUUGCUUUCGAUACUCUUGGUUCAUAGUUGUCGAGCCGAAAAGCCGUACAGUGUGGAGCUAAACACCUUUACGAUGGACGACACCAUCGAAAAUCAGGAAAAUUGGGUAGACUGGGGAACGCUGAGUAUGAAAAAGGUCUCACGAAAUCAAUUUGUGGUUAGCGGAGACUUUGAAUUCAAACUCAAUAUGGCCGAUGAGCAGAAGAUUGUUCUCAUGGUUUAUGUCUACGAUUCCAAUGCCAAUCAAAGGGGUUCGAUGGUAAUGGCUGUUAAAAAGCCGUUCUGUCAGUUCAUUAAAGAGGAUGAGGACUCGUAUCCAAGCAUACAAAAGGCUUCCAAUUUACCGGAUCAGGAUACAUGCCCAUUUCCGAAAGGCAAAUAUACUAUCGAUAACUACGAAUUGGAGACCAAUUUCCUACCGGACAAUGCACCCAAAGGCGACUAUCUGUUGCAGUUAUCCUUGUUGGAUCGUGAGGUCCCAGUAGCAGGACUUGUGGCUACUGUUACCCUGACUUAAGGGUAUAUAAACAUUUUUUUUCUUAAUUUUUUUUUUUAUAUAGUGAUUUUUGAUAUGUUCCGGGUGGAUCCAUAUGACACGACAAGCGUUCUUCUUCUUCAUAUUUAAGUUUACUUUUACCUUGAAUAUCAAUAUAAUGACUUCACUUUCAAAG